AUGCUGUUCGACAGCUUCGACCUGGUGUCCGCUCUGGCCACCCUGGCCGCCUGCCUGGUGUCCAUGGCGCUGCUGCUGGUGGUGUCCCAGCAGCUGUGGCAGCUCCGCUGGACCGCCACUCGAGACAAGAACUGCAAGCUGCCCAUGCCCAAAGGCUCCAUGGGCUUCCCCUUCAUCGGAGAGACCUGCCACUGGCUCCUCCAGGGUUCAAACUUCCACGCGUCGCGGAGACAAAAGUACGGCAACGUGUUUAAGACUCACCUUCUCGGCCGCCCUCUGAUCCGAGUGACGGGGGCGGAGAACGUCCGGAAAGUGCUGAUGGGCGAGCACACGCUGGUGACGGUGGACUGGCCCCAGAGCACCUCCACCCUCCUGGGGCCCAACUCUCUGGCCAACAGCAUCGGAGACAUUCACCGCAAGAGGAGGAAGGUUUUCGCCAAAGUGUUCAGUCACGAAGCCCUGACGAUGUACCUACCUAAGAUUCAGCAGGUGAUUCAGGAGAGCCUCCGGGUGUGGAGCUCCAACCCCGACCCCAUCAACGUCUACAGGGAGAGCCAGAAGCUGUCGUUCACCAUGGCUGUGAGGGUGCUACUGGGUUUCAGGGUGUCAGAGGAGGAAAUGAAGCACAUGUUUUCAGCCUUCCAAGACUUUAUCAACAACCUCUUCAGCCUGCCCAUAGACCUGCCAUUUAGCGGCUUCAGGAAGGGCAUCCGAGCACGAGACAUCUUGCAAAAAAGCAUUGAGAAAGCCAUCAGGGAGAAGCCUAUGUGUUCUCAAGGAAAGGAUUACAGCGACGCCCUUGAUGUCCUGAUGGAGAGCGCCAAAGAGAACGGCACGGAGCUCACCAUGCAGGAACUGAAGGAAUCAACCAUUGAGCUAAUCUUUGCUGCUUUCGCCACCACCGCCAGCGCUAGCACCUCUCUCAUCAUGCAACUCCUCCAACAUCCUACCGUCCUUGAGCGCCUCAGAGAGGAACUGAGAAGCAAGGGGCUCCUCCACAAUGGAUGUCUUUGUCCUGAAGGAGAGCUGAGGCUGGAAACCAUUGUCAGCCUGAAAUACCUUGACUGCGUCAUCAAGGAGGUUCUGAGACUUUUCACACCUGUGUCAGGAGCCUACAGAACCGCCAUGCAGACCUUCGAACUGGAUGGAGUCCAGAUUCCAAAGGGUUGGAGUGUGAUGUACAGCAUACGGGACACUCACGACACGGCUGCCGUCUUCAAAGAUGCUGAGGUCUUUGAUCCAGAUCGUUUCAGUCCGGAACGGGGAGAAGACAAAGAGGGGCGCUUUCACUACCUGCCCUUUGGUGGCGGUGUCAGGUCGUGUCUCGGAAAGCAGCUCGCCACCCUCUUCCUUCGCCUUCUCGCCAUUGAGCUGGCCAGCACCAGUCGCUUCGAGCUAGCCACCCGGCAGUUCCCACGCUUGACCACAGUUCCGGUGGUUCACCCGGUCGAUGGUCUAAAGGUGAAGUUCUACGGCCUGGACUCUAACCAGAACGAGAUCAUGGCCAAGUCAGAAGAGCUACUAGGGGCAACGGUCUGA